UUCCCGCAUGGCCACGGAGGGGCUCGGGGAGGCCGGCCAGGGCGGCGGGAGCCCCGCGCUCUUUUCCUACGGGCCGGAGGAGCUGGUGCUGCGCGGGGUGGAGUGGCCGAGCAGCGGCGGCGGCGCGGGGGCGGCCGUCAACCCCGCCUGGUCGCGCUUCGACCGGGCGCUGCGGGAAGGCUGGGCCGAGCGGCUGCAGCGGGGCCUGUUCCGCUACCGCCUGGGCCGGCUGCCGACGCGGCGCCUCCCGGGCAGGCUGGGGCUGGUGGCCCAGCUGAACGUCCAGCGGGCGACGGAGAGGCGGCGGCCCCAGGAGGUCCGCAGCGUCCGGCAGAGCUUCGACCCGCGGCAGUUCCACUUCGGCCAGAUCCGGCGGGAGGAGGCCCUCUUCUCCCUGCGCCGCCGCCGCCGCUGCUGCUGCCCCGGCUCGGCCGGGACCCUGGUGGCCAUCAACGUCAGCCCGCUGGAGCGGGGACACGUGCUGCUCAUCCCCGACCCGGCGCUGGCCCUGCCGCAGAUCCUCACCGCCGAGGCCCUGCGGGCGGGGCUGGAGGCCGUGCUCCUCAGCGCCCACCCCGGCUUCCGCCUGGGCUUCAACAGCCUGGGCGCCUUCGCCUCCGUCAACCACCUGCACCUGCACGGCUUCUACCUGGACUGGGAGCUCCGGGUGGAGUCCGCGCCCGGCGAGCCCCUCCUGCCCGCAGCGGGCCUCUACCUGCUGCGGGAAGCCCCGGCGCCCGCCUUCCUCUUCUACUGCGACGACGGGGCGCAGGUGGAGCCGCUGGCCCGUCGGAUCGGCCGGAUCACCGGCCACCUGACCCAGCGAGAGAUCGCCCACAACCUCUUCGCCACGCGCGGGGCCGCCCCCGAGGGCCCCCUCGGCUCCAGGGCUCGGCCUGGGAUCCGGGUGCUCCUUUGGGCGCGGAAAGGCUGCUUCGGGACCAAGGAAGAAUCGGCCUUCAACGUGGCCGUGUGCGAACUGGCGGGACACCUGCCCACCAAGACUGUCCAGGAAUACGAGGGCCUGACCGAGGCCUCCGCGCUUCACCGGAUCCAGCAAUGUCUGCUCCCAGCCAGCCAGUUCGCCCAGCUUCAGCGGGAGCUUGUGGGCCUCCUCAGAGAGCGGCCUCCCUCGCCUCAGGGGCCUGCCUGACUUUCGGGUCCAGGACGCGGAGGGUCUUCCCCAGGUGGGGCUGCUCCAGAGGAAGCCUGGCUCAGGGGGGCUUUUGAGAUAAGCCCAGUUAAGCCAGAUGAGCCCAGCCAUUGUAAAGAACUCCGUGUUCUUUCCAGACUAACAAGAUGCACAAACUAAAGAG